ACUUGUGAAAAAAGCACAAAAGUCUUCCUCUGGGACGGAAAUGAAAUAGGAAAGUGUGUAUUUCACAUGGAAAUCGACAUACGAGGGGGAAGAGAAGAGAUCCACGGAGCCAGGCCAGCCUCCGACCGUCGCGGUCACAACCACUCACAGAAGGACUAAACUUUUUGAGAGUCUCCUCAUCCGGCCGUAUACUGGCUCACAGUUUAUAGUUGGUUUAGGGGGAAUGCAUCUCUACUCUGUUUUCUUUAUAACCGGUUUUGAGGACGUAUUGAGGAAACGAUCCAGACGAAUGGGAAUACGGCAUCGGCAAACUCUUAUAAUGCGGCCAGAGUGAAGGGGGCAGAAGACAAUACCACUCCACGGGCUGUAGAGCUCGGUAGGGCUACUCGCUACAAUCUUUCAUUGGGGUCUGUUUAUACGAAUUGUUAAAGUUACAAUUUCCCGCUGAUUGCUCAAAUAUCCCAUUGUUGCGACGGUUAGUGUUUUUGAUCAGAAGAACCAGCCAUGACGUCUCCGGCCAAAUUCCGAAAGGACAAGGAGAUCGUAGCCGAAUAUGAGACUCAAGUUAAAGAGAUCCGCACUCAGCUGAUGGAGCAGUUGAAGUGUCUGGACCAGCAGUGUGAGCUCAGGGUUCAGCUGCUGCAGGACCUGCAGGACUUCUUCAGGAAGAAAGCCGAGAUUGAGAUGGACUACAGCCGCAACCUGGAGAAACUGUCCGAGAGGUUCCUCACCAAGACACGCAGCACCAAGGACCAUCAACUCAAGAAAGAGCAGAGUGUGCUGUCUCCAUUCAACUGUUGGAACUUGUUGUUGACUCAAGUAAAGAGGGAGAGCCGAGACCAUGCUACGCUGUCCGACCUCUACCUCAACAACAUCAUACCGCGCUUUGCCCAGGUCAGCGAGGACUCUGGACGACUCUUCAAAAAGAGUAAAGAGGUGGGCGUCCAGCUUCAGGAGGAUCUGGUGAAGGUUCUCACCGAGCUCUGCGGGGUGAUGAAGACAUACCAUGUGUACAACACGGACAGUAUCAACUCAGAGAACAAACUGAAAGACGCAGAGAAACAGGAAGAGAAGCAGAUGGGGCGCUCUGGUCGCCAGGACGACCGACAGACUCCCAGGUCACCUGACACACUGGCCAGCGUCAAGACAGAUGAGAAACAUGUCCGACGCUCUUCAGUCAAGAAGAUAGAGAAGAUGAAAGAGAAGAGGCAGGCAAAGUACACAGAGAACAAGCUGAAAGCGAUCAAGGCAAGGAAUGAGUACCUACUGGCUCUGGAGGCCACCAACAGCUGUGUCUUCAAGUACUACAUCCAUGACCUGUCUGACAUCAUCGAUUGCUGUGACCUGGGCUACCACGCCAGUCUUCACCGUGCGUUGCGGACCUACCUGUCAGCCGAGAUGAACGUGGAGGCGUCUAAACACACGGGUCUGGAGGCCCUGGAGGGGGCAGCAGAGAGCCUAGAGCCCAACGGAGACAAGCAAAGACUGAUGGAGACAUACAACAACGUCUUCUGUCCCCCCAUGCGCUUCGACUUCCAGUCCCACAUGGGAGAUACAAUGGGGGUGGUUUGUGCCCAGCAGCCUUUAGAAGGGGAGUUACUCCAGCGGUGUCAACAGCUGCAGUUCCGUCUCUCCACCCUCACCAUCGAGAACGAGGAGGUUAAGAAGACCAUGGAGGCCACUCUUUCCACCAUCCAGGACAUGGUGACGGUGGAAGACUAUGACGUCAGCGAGUGUUUCCACCACAGCAACUCGAUGGAGUCGGUCAAGUCUACCAUGAGCGAAUCAUUCCUCAGCAAACCCAGCCUGGCCAAGAGACGAGCCAAUCAGCAGGAGACGGAGCAGUUCUACUUCACGAAACUGAAGGAGUUUCUGGAGGGGCGGAACCUUAUCACCAAACUGCAGGCCAAACACGACCUGAUACAGAAGACCUUGGGAGAGAGUCAGAAGACCGACUGUUGCCUUGCCAGUGACAGGAGGAACUCUGCACUAAGAAAGCAGGAGGACGGCCAGGUCAUCCCUCUGAUGGUGGAGAGCUGUAUCCGUUUCAUCAGUCGCCAUGGUCUGCACCAUGAAGGCAUCUUCAGAGUGUCUGGCUCCCAGGUGGAGGUCAACGACAUCAAGAACGCCUUUGAGAGGGGUGAAGAUCCGUUGGCCGGGGACCAGAAUGAUCAUGACAUGGACUCCAUCGCCGGGGUUCUGAAGCUCUACUUCAGAGGCCUGGACCACGCCCUUUUCCCCAAGGAAGUCUUCCAUGACCUCAUAUCCUGUGUCUCCAUGGAGAACCUCCAGGAGAGGGCCGUCCACAUCCGGAAGGUUCUCCUGUCUCUGCCCAGCAACACGCAAAUCGUCAUGAGAUACCUGUUUGCCUUCCUCCACUACCUGUCUCAGUUCAGCGACGAGAACAUGAUGGACCCCUACAACCUGGCCAUCUGCUUCGGCCCCACCUUGAUGUCGGUGCCCGAGGCCUGCGACCAGGUGUCCUGCCAGGCACACGUCAACGAGCUCAUCAAAACCAUCAUCAUCCACCACCAGGACAUCUUCCCCGGGCCCCAGGACCUACCUGGACCCGUCUACACCAGCCCAGGGGCCGCCCAUGAGUACUGCGAUCCUAACUGUGAGCCCCCCCUGCUGGACGUCCCCGCUCCAGACACCAUCUCUGUCAUCCACAACAGCGAUGACGAAUCCGACCCGAUAGAGGCCAUCGCUCGCUUCGACUACUCCGGGCGGACCAACCGGGAGCUGUCGUUCAAGAAGGGCGCAUCCCUCCUGGUGUUCCGGCGGGCAAGUGACGACUGGUGGCAGGGCCGACACGGCGGUGUGGACGGCCUGGUGCCCCACCAAUACAUUGUGCUUCAGGACACGCCCGAUGGGGGAAGAGGCAGUCCGAAGACUGAGGCGGAGUUGCAGGAGGAGAGAGUGUCCACCAGGGGCAACGCUGCUUCCCCGACCGGUGCUCACGUCGCAGACGUCUACCUGGCCAACCUGAACAAGAUGAGGAAGAGACCCGAGUUGGGGAGUAUCCGCCGAACCUUCCGGGCUUCCGAGGGGAGCCAGGGGGGCGACGUGUCUCCCGGGGCAACAGGGGGAGGUGUCAGGACAGCCAGUCUGCCGGUGGGAGGUGCUCUGGUAAAGGAGGCCGGGGACAAACGACCGGUCAGUGCCCACAGCGUCCUCAACUCCUCCAUCACGCGCCAUUCCUCUCUCAAGACCAAGGUGGAGAGUCCCCAGUUCCGCAAGACGAACACAGCGGGGCGCUCCAAGAGCUUCAGCAACCACCGACCCCUGGACCCGGAGGUCAUCACCCAGGUGGAUCCCACCUCUCAGGAUAUCGAAGCGGCCAUGAGCUCGGCCCUGAGCGAGCUGAGAGAGCUGGAGAGGCAGAGCAGCGCCAAACGUACACACGCCCCCGACGUGGUCCUGGACACCCUGGAGCAGCUGAAGGUCGGGGGGGGCGGCGGCACAUCUGAGCCCUCCAGUCCGCUUCACUCCCGCCUGCUGAGGGACGGCGAGGUGGCCGGAUCUCAACAGUCCCACCCCCUCCAGCGGAGCGCCUCGUCGGCCAGCGACGUCCCCUCGUCUUUCCGGUCGUCCAAACCCCGGAGCCCGCUGCCCUCGUCGGCGUCCUCCUCACUCGGCCCCUCUGUGCUGUCCGCCUCCAACCUUUCCUUCCGAGAGCCCCGCCCGCCAGCCACGCGGCCCAAGCCGAUGGUCUUCCCCAAGGGCGGAGGAAGCGGCAGUCCGGCCAUGGGCUCCCCAACCUCCACGGUCCCCCCAACUCCUCCUCCCCCGCCUCCAACCAACGACAAGUCCUGUCCGGCCUGAGGGCGGUCAAACACAUGGGCCCCACACACACACACACACACACUCCCUCUGUCCCCAACUCCCCUCUUCCCAGUAACCGUUAUGUAGAACAACUCUGAAUACCAACUCUGCCCCCUUCUGGGCAUUUCAGUUGCUACACUCACACACACCCUGGUGAGCGGCAGAACAAUCUUGAAAAUCAAACAAGGGAUCCAAAUGGACAUUAAGCAUGAUAAUUAAAAGAGAUGGCACCUGUAUUGUAUAUACCGGUGUGUGUUUGUGUGUAGCAUACUUCACACUUGAGUGAAAGCACUCAAUUUUGAACAGAUGGGACAUUUGAGGACAUUUCCCAGGCAGCCACCUGGCUGUUCCUGUGGAUGCUCACUUGGCUGUUAACCUGGCUGUUUGUGUGGCUGUUCACCUGGCUGUUCACCUGGCUGUUCACCUGGCUGUUAACCUGGCUGUUCAUGUGGAUGUUCACCUGGCUGUUAACCUGGCUGUUCAGGUGGAUGUUAACCUGGCUGUUCAGGUGGAUGUUAACCUGAAUGUUCACCUGGAUGUUCACCUGGAUAUGGAUGUCUCUGUGUGUGCUUUAGAACACUAACUCAGAAGAAACUCAGUGUCUCUCUGGGGUCACUAACGUCGUUCUCUGGCUACAUGUUCACUGCUGCUUCAAGACUGGGUCAGGCAGCCUGGGCAGAGACAGAAACAGCCUGUCCAUCCAUCGGACUGAGGGGGAUCAGAGGAUUCAUCCACUCCAGGGGAAGGGCUGGGAUAUUUCUCAGAUCGGUGGAGGAGAGGGCUAGUCUUCACCUCUGACCCCACUGUGCACAGACCUUUCGAGAGGCAUGUGCUGGAAACUGAAAAAAAUGGACGACGUGUGGGAGGUUUUGACGCGCGUCACGGAGACUGACGGGCACAUGUGAACUGGAAAGGGCAGUAUAUAGCAAAGGGGCAUGUGCUCUGCACUGGUUGAGCCUUACCAGUGCACAGGCUUGCUUCUGGUCUCCUGCACCCAGGCCAGCAGAGCAUUGUAGUGAUUCUUUCUAACCAGCAGAGCGUUACAUUAGGCUCUUUUCUACUGUAUUCUACUAAACUCUAUUCUAUACAUCAGGGCAAAUCAGUUAAUGUCCCUCCGGGGUCAAAGUCACGUUACUUUUCUUUUUCUGUACUUGAAAUUAUUGAUUCACUAAUAAUUGAUUGGCCUGAGAGUCCAAGCCCUUUUGCCCCCAGGUGUGAAUGAGUCCUUGGUGACAGGGAAAGAGUCCAAGCCCUUUUGCCCCCAGGUGUGAAUGAGUCCUUGGUGACAGGGAAAGAGUCCAAGUCCUUUUGCCCCCAGGUGUGAAUGAGUCCUUGGUGACAGGGAAAGAGUCCAAGUCCUUUUGCCCCCGGGUGUGAAUGAGUCUUUGGUGACAGGGAAAGAGUCCAAGUCCUUUUGCCCCCAGGUGUGAAUGAGUCCUUGGUGACAGGGAAAGAGCCCAAGUCCUUUUGCCCCCAGGUGUGAAUGAGUCCUUGGUGACAGGGAAAGAGUCCGGUGGUGAUGUGGUCCUAUGGGACCAUCGUUGAAUAGCCCUGCACCUACACUCAGUGCAACCAACAUAGUACACUUGUCCGGCUUUCCGGCAGCACCCCCUUCUGGCGUACCAGUGCACGGCACGGCUGGGUUUAAUAAUAAACGUUUCUUCAGCAAUAAGAGUUCUUGUGGGACUCACCCAGUGAGCAGCAUGCCACGCCUCCCUUACAAUCCCAGCACAACUCUGUAACAUGAAUAGAAAACACACACUCAUUGUAUGCACGCGGGUGACGUGUGUGUGUGUUCUGUGGCAGCUAAAUGCCUUUCAGGUUCUCCUCGCAUGCUGGGGCCUCAGUAGUUGCAGUGCUGGCUGGCUGACUGACUGGUUGAAUGACUGACUGCAUUGAUUUACAAUACUAUCUAACGCACCUCUUAGACCAGCAACAUGACAAUAAUGUUACUUAUUAAAUCAGCAAAAAAGGGUAUUUUCUGUGUUUGUUUAAUGAUCACGUUUAUAACUGGAAAAGUGCUGAUGAGAGAUCUCAGCGAGAGGGACGAGUGUUUAGAUACAAGCACAAACCACCUCAUUGGGUGCAUUCAGAAAAAUGACUUUUAUCCUUCUUCGAUUCCUGUUUGUUAAUCCUCAAAAUAUGUCACACUGAACUGUGUCGCUACAUGUGUGUCUGUAUGUCAUGUGUCAUGGACUUCACAGCUGUCACAAGUCAAAUUGAACUGCUCAUCAUAAAAGGGACCAACUAACGGUGGCUCUGUGGAGAUGGAGCAUCAAUGGCAGGGGACACAUGUAUAGUGGAAACACUUCCUGUGUCACCACAGCCUCUAACAGGCAGCCAUUCAACUACAUCGAAGAGAAGGAAGUGUGUUGCCAUAAACUCUUAAACUCCACUGCUAAUAUGAUUGGUCAGGGCAGGCCCAUAUGCAACAAAACCUAGGAUAUAUAUGAGCCAAUGACAGCCCUGUGUUCUGAAAUGGCUACUGUCUUGUAUGGUCAAAGCUGUCCUGUCUGGCGUUGUGGGAUAAUGCGUUGUCUGCCUGAACUGUGAUUUGUCCACGGAUAAGACGGACUGUUUUGAUGGGUGAGAGGGUCAUUCAGAGGUGGGAAUGCUUUAACCCUUUUUCUCAGGUCAGGAUCUUUAAUGUCAGGGCUGAGAGUAUUUAGAGGGGAGAAAAGCAGAGCAACUGGUUUAGCCACCACCACCCUACACACACACACAGUCUCUGCUUUUCUCCUAGCGUUCUCCUUCUGUUCCCAGAGACACUUUUCCUCCCACCCCUCUGCUGUUUUCCUCCCCCUGUCACCACAGGUAUAUCAUUGUAUUAUUGCAUUCCCAGUGCUCUUUAACAGGUGGUUGAAUUCUAAUGGUAAUGUUUUAAUCUCUAUGUGUAUUCUAACAUGUAUUUUAACAUUGUGUUACUCCUCUUACCUCAUCUUGGCAACUGGAGGGAUUAUGUGUGUGCGUGUGUGUGAAGUGGUGGGGUGAAUAUGCAUUAACACAUUACAUGAACAUACACUCAUGGAUGAUGCUUGGUGGUUGGUGUCUUCGGGUCCUCCAGGCUGACUUUAUAGGAGCUAUAGGAAUUCAGUCUCCACACCAUAAAACCUGUUGAUCUCAAAUCAAUCGUCAUGCACUUGAAUUGACAUGGUGUGCUCGUGGACUGAUUGAGGAGGAUUUUUAUUAUUAUUAACUAUUGUUAUUAAACACACAUUUCUUGUCCAUUUGAAAACACAAGACUUAAAAAAAAAAUGACCGUAACGUCAAAUAUAUUUAUAGUUGUCUCUGUAUUACUGGAGAAUCCUGUGUUAAGAUGUACUUUGUAUAUACAAUGUUGUACAUUACAGAGGUACACUCUUUUUUUUUGGUACAAUAUUGUACAGUAAUAGCAAUAGUAGUUUAAUCAAAUAGGCCUUAUAAAAUUAUAUGUGUAGUUCUUGUAGUAGACUUUUUUAAUAA